CGACAUCAUCACCUCCACCUCUUGAACUCUUUGCCGGCGCCUGCAACCCUGUUCUUCGCAGUUGCGCGACCUAUGAGCUUUGCGCUAUCGUCAGCGGACGUCUUUUGAGAUGGGGCCCGAUUCGGCGGCUUUCGUGUCAAGCUUCGCGGUUACUUUCGUUCGUCAGUGCCGCAGCUAGCUUCAAGUGCACUUCCCUUCUUCGAGUAGCCUCGCAAGCUUUGUGGUGUCCUUUGCGUGUCCUGAAGUGAUCUUUAUCUUUGUGUGCUUGUUUUCACGACCGUAACUCCUUUCGUCUCAAGCUUGCCCAAUCUCGACUUCAAACCCUCUACAACGUCUCAUCACACGGCACCAUGGCAUCUAGCAAGGGCGCAGACGCCUCCACGGUUCCUGUCCUCAAAGAUCUCACAAUCGAGAACAUCACCGAGAAUGUGCACCGAAUAAACUCGCAAUGCGCAGACCCGCGCCUCAAGUACGUCAUGGAGCGUUUGGUGUCGCAUCUACACGACUUCGCACGCGAGACGCGGCUGAGCUUCGAUGAGUGGAUGGCAGGCAUACAGUUUCUUACGCAGGUAGGACAGAUAUGCACAGACGUGCGACAGGAAUUCAUCCUUCUUUCAGACAUAGUCGGUCUCUCUCUCCUCGUAGACUCUAUAGACCAUCCCAAACCGGCCUCCUCCACCGAAGGCACAGUCCUCGGUCCGUUCCACACGCACGACGCACCCUCCGACUCCAACGGCACCUCCAUCUCUGCCGAUCCCGACGGCGAGUCCCUGCUCGUCCUCUGCACGGUCAAAACUACGCACGGCGAGCCCGUAUCAGACGUCAAGAUCGACGUGUGGGAAACAGACUCCCAUGGCAAAUACGACGUGCAGUAUGAGAACAGGGGUGACAAAGCAGAUGGCCGUGCGGUUAUAAGGAGUGACAAGGAUGGUGUGUUCUGGUUCAAGGGUAUCGUACCCGUACCGUAUCCAAUUCCCAAUGACGGGCCUGUUGGCAAGUUGCUCGAAAAAUUGGGUAGGCAUUGCUGGAGGCCGAGCCAUAUGCAUUUCAUGUUUGAGAAGGAGGGUUUCGAUAACUUGGUUACGGCAUUGUAUGUCCGUGGUUCCGACUACGAGACCUCCGACGCCGUCUUUGGUGUCAAAGAAUCUCUCAUUGUCAGCUUAGAUACCGUGACAGCUGAACAGGCCAAGGAGUAUGACGUCAAAGAAGGAUCGAAAUUGCUCAAAUACGAUUUCGUGUUGGUAACGGAUGAAGAGACGAAGCAAUUACGACAUGACGAAGCGGUAAAAGCAAUGAAGAUGUUGGGAAGAGAGGGAAUGAUGAUAGUCAAUGGACUGCCCGUGCCUGAGGUCGACUAGUUUGCAAAUCAAAAU